CAGGAAGAUGAGCUACUAACUCAGCCGAAACACCACGUUGGGGAACAGCUUGCAGGAGAGUUUGGACGAGUUGAUACAGGUAAAUUAUUGUUAUUUGGUCAGCUACAACAAGAAAAUGUUUUCAAGGGUAGUUUUUCAGAAGUGCUGGUUGAGAAGUCACGUUUCGCCUAAGUAUUUGACUUGAUUUUCCCAUUUACUCGAUUUGAGUUUAGAGACCGGUUUAGUUUCAGGGAAAUGUCAAUGAAGGGGUUAUUUAAAUAUCGUCACCGAAUCGUUAAAAGAAUUUUAUACACUUUCUCUGGUAUUACGUUUCACUUGUAACCUAUUUAGAAACUUCGAGAAGUUUACUCCUUAUUAAAUUUGUUUCGGGCUAUUUACAAGGGUAAAGGACAAUUUAGAGGAUAACGUUAUAGGUUUUUAAAAAUAUCUUACAUUCCAAAGUUCUUACUUUGCCUCUGCCAGCUAAAAUAAAUAUGACGGUGGCCGAAUGUUCAGCUGCUAAACGCAUCCACAUUUUGAACAGUUUCAACAUUUUCGUCUUGUUUCACCCGCAGAAAUGUUAUCGGUCUUAUUAUGAAAUUUGAAAUAGAAAAGAAAAAACUAAAAUUUGUUAAUUUGUGUUUGUAUGCUUUGGUUUACCGUAUACCACAAGCUCAAACAAAGUCUGCGGUGGAUAAAAAGAACUAACAAGGUGUUUUCUUUAAUAAUACGAGUAGCAUUGACAUUUUAUCUUCACUCGGCCGAACCACGUUAUCGAUAGAUUAUGAAUUCAAAGAAUUUUUAAUUCGAUCAUCAUCCCUAGAGGGAGCCGUUAAAAUCGUCUUAGCCUGUCAGGGAAUGCAUACGAUUCAGCUAAUUUUGACCAUUGGCAACAUUUAGGACCGGUUUUAAUUCAAAGAAAGGACAUCCGACCUAAAAAGACACCAAAACAAUAGGGAACGAUUGGCGGCCAUCAAGGACGAAGUCGCUACAAGUCAUAGCCAUUCGGGCUGCUAAGUUGCGAGGUGGUAAACCUGACGAACACGGGUUGAAAGUAAGCCAGUCUUCAACUGACAAGUGAGCACCUAACAAUGAACCAUUCGAAAAUUACUGGGGCCGUUUUCCUAGUUUUACUGAUUUCGAUCUGUUUUAAUAUUUCAAGCCUUGCUACCGAUCUCGACAGUAAGCAAAAGCGUAGCAAAGUUCGUUUUAAAAGACAUCUGCCUUAGCUUAAUAUCCUGGCAUUUCUCCGAAAUGGAUCAUUUCCAUACGUAUGCCUUUCAUGAGAACAUCCUCUCUUGACUUCUUUGUGAAUUCCGAUGCCUUCAACGUCCAUCAUUACGUCAAAACCUUACUAUAAGACAGAGAGCUUCCGUCCGUACGAACUCGCGGGCAGAUUAAUGCACUUACAUUCUUCAACUGCAUCAGACUUAUGUCCCAGCUUACUCAUUGUUAAUUUCGAAAUAGAAAUGUGGAUAAUUUUUUUGCCGGGCUCCAGUUCACUGAUUACGCUAAAUCUAGCACUAACGAUAUAUAAAGAUGGACGUUUUCUACUUAUCCCAAACGAUUGGCGGCGUUUUACAUUUUUUUAUAUCAAAACACACAAUAGCUGUAUUUCAAAACGAUGUGACUAAAUGCCUGGCUGUCAGAAAUUUUCACAGAAUUUCCACCGCAGGGUUCUUCCAAAAGUUCUUGAGAAUAUCAGAUAUUGGUUUAGAAAUGUCAAGCGAUUCCAAAUAUUGAUUUGGCUUUUUGGUGGACAAUUCUUUUCUUCUCUUCCUUGGGCAUACUUUAAUAUCGCUCGGUUGUCGACACUUAAAGGUUCUUUCACACUUCCCUACGAAUAUCAGAUGUUUGUUUAGAUAUAUCAAGCAAUUCCAAAAAUUAAUGUGACUUUUCAGUAGUCUAACCAAAUAGACCAAAUAUUUUCCCAUCCUCCUCGCCUAAACUCAGCCAAUUUUAUCACAUAUAUUGCACUUUUGGUUUUUUUAUCAUGUCUUCUUGCACAUUUAAUCUUGCAAGGACCAACACAAGCUGGUGCGACUUCUACCAGCUCUGCUCGGACCAUUGCAUACGGCCCUUGUACCAAGAUAUUUGUUAUAAAUGUAGUCUUCUAAAAUAAAAGUACGUGCAGGGCCGCACAUUAAGAAGACACCCAGUAUGAAAACUGGAGUUACAAGGAGUUCUUUCCUUUUUUCCUUUCUUUUGAACCAGAAACAAAAACUAUUCGACAACAUAUCAUGAUGGUUAACACAUUCUGGAGAGGAGACACAACAAAGGUUAUCCUGCUACAAGUUCUUGUUGCCAAUUCUCUACUGCACUUCUCGUCAGUCACGGGCGAUGCCGCAACAUGUAACACCAAAUCUGGUAAGUAUUACUAUUACCCAGGUCUUUUUCAUUUGUGAAUAUAAUCAACAGUGACAGUUUUAUUUUUAAUUGUUGAUACUUCAUUCAAGAGGGAAUUUUUCGCACUGAAUUCUAUGCUCCGCCAACUUGCUAAUGAUAAGCCAGGUUUUUACAAAUUUGUGGCUCAUAAACUUCUUUCCUUGUCCAGUUAUACCUGAAGUUAAAAUCUUCUCAAGUCCGCCAGACCGCACGCAACCUAUCGGAGCAGCCAUUAAUCUGACCUGUGAAGCGCGACCAAGGGAUGAAAACGUGCUUCUUCCCAGGAGAAGGGUCAAGUAUAUUCAGUGGUAUGAUCCCCAUGGGAGACCAGUUGGAGUCAAAUGCCAAAACUCAAGACUAGCAAAGAAACUGAAAUGUCUGUUAAUUCUUAAGAAUCUGAUCGUAGAAAACUUCGGGAACUACACUUGUGAAGCAGAAAAUGACUAUCCUGGAUACUGCAGAAGAAAAUCCAUUGAAAUUCUCCCUAAAGGUAAGAAUCAGAUUAUUCCUAACACAAAUAAAUUUGGGCAGGGUAAAUAUUUAUUAUCGUAGUUAUUUCUUUUUGCUAUCUCCAUCAAAGGCUGUUGCAAUAAAAUAGCAAAGGUGGGUACGGAAAUCAGCAAUAGUGUAGGUGAAAAACAGGAUAUUUUUGCAAAUUCCAUUUAUUCAAGCUUUUCAAGAUUAUUCCCUUCCCCUACCCCCCUCACCCCAAAGUUUCCACUUACUUGCCAUAGUACUAUUGAUUGGUUAUUUUGCAGAAAACUUAAGUCCACCUGAGACAACAAAGGCACCCCAUCUUCUAUUUCCUGAGGUGGUUGAAAACCCAAAGAACCAAAGCGCUUUCAUCGGCUCCAAUGUAACUUUUAACUGUACCGCCAUGGGUCUUCCAACACCAGCCAUCUCAUGGAUGAAGAACAACAAUUCAUAUGCAGUAACAUCCAAUGUGAGAGCCAGGGUUGUUUCAGAUAACAAAACUAAUUACAGUCAGCUGAUAAUAACAGAAGUGAAGAUAGAAGAUUAUGGCAAAUAUCAGUGCGUUGCAAGCAAUAGUGCUGGUGAGAGGACAUCGUCAGCGGCUUUCUUGUACAUAAAAGAGUUAGGUAAGAUUCCCUUACAUUGUUGGAAAUUUUAGCCUUAUUCAGUUGACUUUGGUCAACAAACAUGGCAAAGAAAUGUUUUACUUCUCACUCCUUCUCUCUGUUUAGUCCAACCCAAGGCUAAAAUUUAUUCUGCUUUAGUAGUCCUAAUAAGUUGGUGACGCGCUACCCUGCAUAUGAGGAUGUUGAGGCAUUGAGCGCGAGUGAUUUAAUGACAACGAGCGCGAGCGAGAACUUACGGGUGUCGGCCCUCGCGUGCACGUGUACUUUGCCUUCUCUUUAACAGCGUACUAAGUAGGCUGGUUGUAUGGUAGUAGUUCAUACUCAUAGUGAGCCUACUGAAGAAACGGAAACUGGAUGAUCUUUGCACAAAGUUGUCAGAAAGUACUGGUUAGUCUUUCGGUUUAAUUAAUCCUCUGAAAUACUUUCACCACAGUAAGCAUGUCUUGUUGUCACUUCCCUUUUAGAAUCCAAAAUAAACCAAGAGUCAGAAAAGGAAAAAUGCUCAACCUCCCCCCAGAUUAGUUUCUCCACUUUAUCUUACGCUAUAAUUGCUACCUUUGUCGGUGCCUUCAUCGGUGGAAUAUGUGUGGGGUUUUGGUUCAGAACUAUCAGACGCCGUGGAAAGGUAAGUUUUAAUGUAUAAAUAUCUCUUUAAUUUCUCCAAACCAAGAGGCCAUCUUUUUUGACAAAUCGUUGUACACCCUACAUUGUACCUACGUUGUACAUCCACUUACAUUCUCAGUAUUGAAUAAUAAUUCCUUCUUUCAAUAUUCUCAAUACUGAAUACUCUAUGCUUUUCCAUUUGUUGGCAGAUUACUUUCCAUAUUACGAACGAUUGUGAAGAUUGAAAGCACAAAUUUCAACUGUUCAAGUAGCGUCAAAUGUCUCUCUCUUUUUUAAAUCGGAUGCAGAAUCCUAGUGCUAAUCUGUUUGCGUUAGUUUGCUGUACGUAAAUAUGAAUACACAAAUAGAUCAGGUCUUCCUUGUUCCCAUAGGAGCCGUAGCGUAUCACAAAAGUGCCGUGGACGUUUUUUUACUGUGCUUAAUGAUCAAUUCUUGAUCGAAAAAGACUCACUGCUUGCAUUUGCCUUACUGUAAAUCAUCGAUUUUUCCGUAAUUCCGAGAGAAAAUUUCCUGCAAUUUUUUAAAUUUUUAACCCUGCCCAUGAUGUGACCUCUUUUCAUGCUGAUAUCCGAUAGACGGAGUUAAGUUAUUCAAUUUUUGAUUAGAAAGAAACAAUCCAGAACCUAAGGAUAGCCAAGAGUUAGCGAUGUUAGUGAUACACAAGACAGCAAAGAAUAAGGUGCUAUCAGAUAAUUGAUAAUUAAAUUUCUAGUGUUAGAAAUGGUAAUUUUGAAAUAACAGAAUUUUUU